UCGCCCCACCACCCUCCCUUCCUCAUAUUAAAGCCUUCCUCAAUCUCUUCUCCUUCCCACCGCUAACCCCUCUUGCUUACCUUCCGACCUCCACAGCAAAUGUCUCUUCUCGUCGCCACCUCACCCAAGGACUGCUCCAAGAAAGGAUUCCACCUCAACAAGAAGCUCCUCUACGGCUUCUCCGCCCUCCUCGUCUCCAUCCUCUCCCUCGUCUUCCUCGUCUGGCUCAUCCUCCACCCCACCAAGCCGGAAUUCUACCUCAAGGACACGGCCGUCUACGAGCUGAGCCUCGCGUCGCCGCCUCGCCUCCUCAACUCCACCAUCCAAACCACCAUCAUUUCCAAGAACCCCAACGCGCGCGUCGGAAUCUACUACGACCAGCUACACACUUACGCCGCCUACAAAGGGCAGCAGAUCACCGCCGACUCCGCGCUGCCGCCGUUCUACCAGGGCCACCAGGACAUCAACAUCUUGUCUUCCUCGCUUAACGGGAUCAGCAUGCCCGUCGCACCGUCGUUCGGGUACGAGGUCAGCCGUGACCAGACUGCCGGGAAGCUGUACCUCGAGCUGAAGCUCGACGGGAAGCUCCGGUGGAAGGUGGGCAGCUGGGUGUCCGGGAGUUACAGGAUCGAUGUGGAUUGCGUUGCUGUGAUAGUGCUGAGACCCGGGGGCGAUCCAGGACCGAUGAGUUUGGUGCAGGGGACUCGGUGUUCUACCACCGUUUGAUGGCCAGUAGUCCUUACGGUCUUUCUUGUUGUUGCUGUUUGGGAAGUGGAGAUGACAUGGGGAGAGUUAAAACCUGGCUUGCUUUCUGUGGGGAGGAGGAUGAUGGGGUUGUGAGUAGAUAAAAGAGGGAAAGCCAAGUGGGAUGUCGUGAGUCGAAGCAUGCAGCUAAUGGCAGCAGCACUUGCUUGGUUAUCUGCCUUCUUCUGUUCAUUCAUUUCGGUUUCUUCUCUUUCACUUGUUUGCUGCUGUAAGGUUAGUAGUGGGGGACAGCGAAGAUAAAAGCUUGGGCAUGGUGGGCAAAGGGAGUCAUCUACAAUUCAUCUGUUUCGGAUACCAUUACAAGAAGGAGAUCGAUCGGAUAACUAUAACUAUAGAUAUUAUCUAUGGUGAAACCUUUUAGAAGUAGUAGUAGCUUUAGAUAUUAUCUUUGGUGAAACCUUUUAGAAGAACACACCUGAGAGUAAAGCUGAUGAUGACAAUGAUUGGGGGCUGCAAACUUUGAAGUCUGUAGCAGAAUUAUUGCUCCAAUUUUUGGUUGGUUGGUUUCAAGUGGGCAUCGCAAUCGAGUUGUCUUUCAUUUCAGUUCAUUGGCCUUUAGCUAAGAGUGUGGUUUAGGCCACACCAACUUUGUAGUUUGUCGGAUCACAAACCCAAGAACAGAGAUUUCUGCCUAUUUAGUCUGAUCCAA